AGACUGACUGGUGGCAGUAAAGGUGGUGAUGGUGGUUGUAGCUGGCUGCUGGGGUGGUGUGUGUCGAGAGCUCAGUUCACCUUGAGCCAGUGAGGGGGACGGGUGCUGGUCUUAGUCAUGAGGGGGCCAUUACACGCUUGCCUGUCCCUUAGCUUCUGUAUAUCAACUUUCACGGCUCUUACACUGGGAUUUCCGACCUUACCGCCGCUGAAAUGCUUCGUGGAGACGCCAGAAGGAGAGACAAUUCCGUGCAGUUUGUCAGUGAAGUAUUACAAAGAAGCAUGUAAGGAGCAAGAGGAACACAGCACAGACAGCACCAUAGUGUCUCCCUACAGCCAACAGGAGGAGGAGGAGGAAGAGAACAUCACUGUGAGGGACAGAUAUUUAAAUUCAGUCACUUCUCUCGUCAAUAUUAAGUUCCCUCUUUGGCACACGUAUCGAGCCGUGGUGGUGGUGACUGGCAGGCUAGCACAGAGGCUGCACCGUGGACGCCAGCGCUGUGUGGUGGUGCGGGUCACAGUGCCACAGCCAGGCCAGGUCACCCUACAUGACCUGACCUUGCCUCAUGGGUCGUACCAGGUCAAGGUUAUCAAAAUGGUUGAGACAAGACAGCUGGAUGAGGUCACUGAUGGAGGAAGAAGAGGAGGAGGGGAAGAAGAAGAAGGAGGAGGAGGAGGAGGAGGGAUAAUCAUCAAAAAGCAUCAGUUUUUUGUACCCACAGAGAGGCGGAGAGAGAGGAUCCUGGUGAGAAACAGAAGGCACAACAAGAUCACCACGUCUCAGCCCAGCAGGCAGUGGCUUCAGCUGUCUAACACUGACCUCAUCCUGCGGAAAUACAGCGCACAGGAGAGACAACAAGAAAGCUCGACGUACGGAAGAAUUACUGGUGACGGGAGGGGAGGAAGAGGCCCCUGUGUCUGCUGCAAUUGCUUCAGUUUCUUUCUAGAUUACAACAACAUGACGGCUGUGCUAACUUUCAACUACAGCCUCAAUGAAUCCUGCCAGGCUGCAUGCUCUACCGUGAACGUGCAGCUGUAUCGCGAAGGACAGAGCCUCUCCACCUCCCAGCAUGACACAGAGAAGCCAGAAGACCCCUUGAUGGGCUCAGAGCGCAUCGGUAGAGACAAGAACAUGACAGAGGGGCCGACACACUACAGCAACAUAGACACUGGCUGCUAUUACGUGGAGCUGAAGCCUCACCUGUACCCACUACCUGAGAGGACCAUCCCUAUCUGUGUGACCCCGCUCAUCAACGUGACUGACAUGGAGGCUUGGGACCCUUACUUCUCCCUGGAGCCAAACCCUGAGAGGCAGUCCCUCACGGUGCGGUGGACAGUCGGAGAGCAGUACAACUUCUCCUCCUAUGACCUGACCCUCCACCACCACCCGUCGCUGCGUAUUAACUGCACAGGCACAACCAUCUACCCAAACAUGUCCAUCAUACCGCAGAAUCGGUUGAGGGUGACCGAGUCGCUCUACACAUUUUACAACCUGAGCCGUGGAUGGUACUGUGCGCGGGUCACUCCGGUGGAUGAUCGCUGUCCGCUUGAUGGCUGCCCUGUUGUGUCAAGCCCUGCCAAUCUACUCAUAGACCCAACAGACUGGGAGUGUGAGAACAAAGAGUGUGGCAAUAAGAGUGGGCUGGGCCUCACACUGCUGGUGGUGGGAUGUGUGGUGGGUGCUGUGGUGACUGGUGUGACUGUGGCGUGGGCAAUACUCCACACCUGGCCCUCCAUUACACAGGUGUUUACCUCAGCAACGCAGUAUUCACCAGUGCCCAUCAGGUCAAGUCUGCACAAGAGUGGAGGGCUGAGGAAGCAAGUGGUGCUGCUAGUUUGGACAGCUCAGGGGCCUCACGGUGCUAAGUUUGCCCCCAUCAUUGCUGCCUUCAAGACUCUCCUGCGAACAUAUGGCCAUUGUGAGGUGUAUGAUUACUUGGAACUGUCUUCAUUACCCGAGAGGCAGCAACUUCACCUGUUGGCUUCACCCACCACCUGGCUGGACUCUCUCCUGGCUCAACACUCCAUCAAGAUAAUCAUUGUGGCAACAGAGGGGGCUUGGCAGAGACAAGUGGAGUGGAAGCAGCAAGACUCCAGCAUGCACAAAGGGAGCGUUAGCCUUCUGUCCACACCUCACAACACCCUGGACCAGCUGCUCUUCCCUUACCUCCUGCGACGCCUCCACGACCAGCCAGACCUUGCCGGGGACUACUCCAGACUCUUCCAUAUUAGGUUCUCCGAGGUGAGUCACAGUGCAGUGGAACUCAGCAAUGUUGUUUCCUGGAAGAGAUACAAGAUACCCGAACACAUCAGAAGUCUCACCGUCUCUCUGCACGGAAGCACGGCAGCAUCAGCAUUUGAGGAGCCGAGUGAGGACCAGCUAAGUGACCUCCAGGCAGCAUUGUCCGCCCACCCUCAGCACUGCAGCCACGUCAGCCACGUCACCAACGGCACCACACUCCCCUGGCCCAGUGCCGUUGCUUGCAAUGGUGUGACGCUUACCAACGGCACUGCUAGGACGUGAAGAGUGCCUGGUAAUGCUUGUGAUGUUAGUUUUGGGAUCUUGUAGAAUGUUUUACCUAUAAAAGAUAAUGGUGGUCAUUA